UUUUAUAUUUGACUCAGAGACAAUAUAAAUGGCUUCUGACGAAAAUAUAGAUUGGGGUGCCUGUGAAAAGGAGGAGAUUUAUCAGAAGAUAGAAACUUUAUUAAAGAAUGUACACACUGAGCUCCCUGAUCCACUGACGGACCCUGCGAAAUGCUCCCUGGUUAAAGGAGACUACCUGUACUUCCAUUAUGGCUGUGAUGGACAGAAUGACAGAGGCUGGGGCUGUGGAUACCGAACCAUUCAAACCAUGGCUUCGUGGAUUUACCUGAACAGGUCCCCAGUUCAAAACCAGAACAGAAUCGCUCCAAGCCUACCACAGAUCCAGCAAGCCUUGGUGACAAUGGGGGACAAGCCAGGCUCCUUCUCAGGCUCCAGGGAGUGGAUAGGGACAUUUGAAGCCUCCCUGGUGCUGGACUACUUCUGUGAUGUUCCCUGUAAGGUGGUGCAUGUUAGAGGUGGAGGGGCAGAGCUGGAGCAGGUUGCAGCAGAGGAGCUCCAUCAACACUUUGAAAAGCACGGUUCUCCUGUCAUGAUGGGAGGAGACAGGGACAAUUCCUCUAAAGGCAUAUUAGGAGUUUGUAGUGGGGACAAAGGGAGCUAUUUGCUUGUUGUUGAUCCUCACUACUAUGGGAGACAACUGGAGAAGACAGAGCUGCAGAAGAGAGGGUGGGUGGCUUGGAAACGAGUCUCAUCUCUGGAUCAGUCCUCGUUUUAUAACCUCUGUUUGCCUCAGACUGCUACGAAGGGAAUAUGAGACCACAAGUGCAAAUGCCUUUGUACCAAUAAACUGAUAUUGUUCCAGUGGGCAGAAUGUUGUAACAUGAGUGCCAUCUAGUGGUUGAAGUGUGAAAGUAUCUGAUAAGUCUGUACCAAUAGUUCCUGUCACACACCAUCUACAGACAAUUAUUUAAGAAGUUAAUUUCCUUCUUCAAAAUCAAAACUGUCUGUAUUAUGUGAAUUCAUUUACAUUACACAUUGUAAUCAUAGCUCAAAUAAUAAUCUCCAACAUUUUGGGUAGACAUUGGAUCUUUAUUAGAGUUUAAAUAAAUAUUGUUGAAUUAAAAGUA